GUUGUUGCACAUAUUUUCGGUCGUGUGUAAUAGUUCACAAGAGUUUGAUUCUAGAAGAAAACUGACUAGCUCACGAUGAGAGCUGCACGGGAUUUACGUGCUUUGACCAUUCUGGUCUACAUGACAUUACAACGCCAGUGUCUCUAAUCGUCGGACUACUAAAACAUGUACUUGACAUACAUUUAUUAAUUUGAAUUAAACACAAUAAGCUACGAUGACUAUUUUGUUGAUAGCAUACCAUGUCCUGUUUAUACUCGCGGAUACACUCAUUGUUGUUGGAGAAACAGGCGGGGUGCAGUGCUACGUCUGCAUCUCUGAGGCAGAGCCGCAGUGUGGUGCUGUGUUCACCCUGGGACCGGCCAGUCACACCUAUAUAGGGCGCUGUGCUACAAGCUGUUACAAGUUUGUCGCACAGAGGGGAGACAAUCAAGCGAUAAGUCGCGGCUGUCUUCCUGAGCUUAAGACCAUCCCACAAUGUAGACGGGCCCGUGAUGGGGACAUCGUAGGCACAAUCUGCGCCUGCAACGGAGACUUUUGCAACAAAUCGCCGCGUGACACGAAUGUCCGCAUCGCAUGUGCCUUAGUUGGCAGUAUGACAGCGUCGUGGAUGAUUGUUUGGUACCUUGUGAUAACUUGACAGUCUUAUUCAGAAGCGAGUUUCGAAAAAGUAUUUUUAAGGACAUACGUCAAGUUUUCGACCAAAAAGGUUUCUGCUUUUGAAGAAAGUAAGAGCAGGUGUGAUUAAAAAAAAUACUUUUUAAAAUUAGUUGAGAUUCAGUUUAAAAAGUGCGCAUAUGAGAAAAGCGAAGUGUAGUUUCGAACAAAAACGUUUUUCUUGUGGAUGACGUAGGUACUUUUCUUUUCUUUACGUUAGCCAUAUUGCAUUAAAAGAUUAUUUUGCAUAAAACCAUCAUACAUGUUUAAAUCACUCUAUGUUUCGAUUUGAUUUGUACUUUCCUGCUGUUGUUUGUUUUUGUAGAAUUAUGCGCACACGGAUUGAGUAGAUAGCUCAAUAGAUGGUAUCCAACUGUUAUUGACUUUGAGUUUUAUGAGUAUGAAUAUAUGCUUCUCAAAAGAAACCUAAACCUUUCAUUUAAAUUAACGUAAAGAACUCCUCAUUUUAGAUCAACAUGUCACCGAAUAUGUUAAGAUAUACUUCUCAAACAAAUGUCGGCGUCCACGUAAUCCUCUGGUUAAUGUUAACCUUCAACAUCUCCAUAACGCUGUUAACUCUUCGCACAUGAGUUCAUUGUCAUUAUGUAAGGUCACUAACCAAGUUCCAUAACUCUGACCUGCAAUUUAGCAGAAAUAUGCCCCUUUUUGCUCAAAGAAACUUCAUGUUAACGUGUUCGUGCAAGUACUCCAUAUUUCUAUAUUUACUAAGAUAUUGAAAUAGAGCUUUGCAUUAGUUAAGGAUCUUUAUGAACAUUUACUCACCUAUACUUGCAGAAAUAAGUCUUAGCAGCAUUUACGCAUGAUUUAGCCUCGUAAUGUAUUUAGUAAAGUUAGGUUUCACGGUUUAAGUAGUUGAAAUUCAGUUCGCACGCAACAAAUGCAUAUCCCUGUAACUACUUCAGAUGUCUUUAGGAUCAUUAUGCGAGGUCACAGACCAAGGUACAUAACGCAAGUAUGUGGAAUGAUGCCCAUUGUUGUACUUGGGAAUUUUAGAUACACUUUUUGGGGCCAACAUCUUCUAACUGUUGUCGACAUGCAGAUCUAUCAUGGGGUUGCAUGUAGGGCCAGUUAGGUGAAAUUGGAUCUUUUCGAUUUCAGUUGUGUGCGAUGAUUGUUUUCGUAAAUUGCUAAGAUGAAGAUCUUGCUUACAAAGUUACUUACAUUCAGCAAAAUCAAUCGGUAAACAGUUGAGGAUCUAGUUUCCUGGCAUGAGACUAUUUCCUGUUUAAUUUAUUAUUAUUCACUUUUAAGUUUACUGCUACAUGUAUUCAAGAUCAAACAUGUCUUUGUGGUAGUUAUAUCAGGUGACAAAAAAUUAUAUUAUACUUUAAAAGCGCGGAAUAAUAAUCGAGCAAACUGGCAUGGAACAACUCUUGUUUAAAAGCGUGUGGACAUUUUCUUCUCAAUGUCAGCUUUGCGUUCGCGCCAGUUUCAGUUUGUAUAGCGCUAUGCCCUGUGGGUAAAAUCCAAUACUAAUAAUCAUCGAACGAAAACAAACAUGGCGUCCCUGGUUACGCUCCAAACGAGGCGCUAUCGGUAGCAGGUGCUAAAAUAUACAUGUCAAUAAACUUGUGACUUGUUCAUUGACAUUUUUAUUGGAACUUAAACGGACAUAACCAAUUAUUGAAAUAUGUUAAGUAUACGUUAAUGAAUGAGAGAACACUGAGGGACCGCUGUGUUAAAUUUUGGGAAUUAUAUUUAACCAUCACAGUGAACGCGGACGGAUGAUGGAGCAAACAUAUGGCUGGUAUCCUUCCGCAAAAAAUGUCUACGAGGACAGACGAAUUGGAACCUUAACACCGUACCAACUAGAGGCAUUGUACCGAUACAGGGACAGCAAAUACUACACAGCACCUGCCACUCCACCGGAGCAGCGAACCCCCAAGCCCCCUCGCCCGUCCCCGUCACCCGCGGCGCGCCCUCAGUCCAGCCAUUCCAGGGCCAGCGUCAGGUCCGACAAUGGCGGCGAUCACGUGACCCUCGCCAUUCGACCUCGCAGUGCACCCAUUCAUACGACGUACAAACCUCCGCCACGAUUAAACCUUCCAACGCCGCAACAAUGUUGGUCUACGCAUAUACCGGAAACGGAUAUCACAAUGCCAGCGCCCCAAACGGCGACACUGGUGCAAGCGAGAACGUUCGAAAGCAUUUCAGCGCCGAUGCCAGUUCCAGAGCCGGAAACUCAGCCAUCACCAGCCCCUUCACAAACUUCAGGGAAAAUAGUACGCAUUCAAAGUGCAAAGGCACGCCGAGAAACACCAACCAAACCUCAGAGGCCUGUUAAAUCCGCGGGUCCCGUCAGACCAACACCAUCGCCGGUAGUUCAAACUCCAGAACCGUCAGGGUUCUGUCUUUGGCCGGAUCCAAGGGCGGAUUUAGAUUAUCCUGAUGGAUAUAAUCAAUUUCCGGAUCGGGUCUUGUUCUCGCCCACGAGACCUUCAGCACCUACUCCGCCGGCUUCUGAUAGAAUGGUGCAGAACCGAACACCGUCAAGUACAUCUAUGCGUAGUCCUUCGGGAAAACCUCCAUCUGGCAAGAAAACGCCAUUACGCCCUAAAGCACCGUCUCCUUACAAGAUGGAACUAUACACAGACGCGGAUGAAUAUCGGUCAGAGACACCGGACUAUUUCCAGGAGACCAUGAAGCACGGCUGGAUGAUGGAAAUCCAUGGGGAUCCACUGAAAUUAAAGAAAACUUCGAAGCGACUUCCAUACACAGUGAAAGUACCGGAACCUGAAACCGAACGAGAUCCACCAAAAGUUCACAUGGAAAAUAACGAGACAUUUUUCCUUAAUACCAUCCCCAGGCGACCAAUGGCGUUCGCAAUUGAUAAAGAGUGGAUUUCAGAGGUAAUUCACAAGAAGCGAUUGGAAAUGCAAAAGAAGCAUGGAAUCAAUUAUAGAUACAAGAAUUUCGCAUUUGUUUACUAGACUUUAUUGAAUGUUUCUUUGAAAUUGUGUUUGGACGAAUGUUCGAUUUGGAAGUGUAAACGCUGUCCUUUUAAUUUCAAUAGUGUAAAUUUGCAUUCUGUUAUAGCAAUUGUUUUGUUAAGUACUUUGCGUGAUGUUUAAAGAUUGUUAUCUAAGAUUGUCUAAAUAUAAACUUUGAUGUACAAGCUGAUGGUAACUGUCAGCUUAAAAUAUAAGCCUAUUAUUAAUGUUAUAUAAAAUAUUAUAUUAGGUGGGCUGGAGGUGACAUUUUAACAAAACUUCUAUUGAUAGUCUUAUAAGUUGAUAAUAUUUGUAGAAACAUAACAUAUAUGUAGCAUUUAAAUAAUUCUCAUCGAUCGACUCUUCUUCAGAAUGCCAAAAUAUGAAUGUUUUGCCAUGGGCGUCCGCAGGAAUGAUCCUGGGGGGGGGAGACAAUUUUAAGAAUUAGGCCAGAUAAUGGUGCAUCUGGAAGGUUACGAGUUAGGAUUUGGAAAUGAUAAAUUGACUGUAUUGGAGUUGUUUAUACUUAUUUUCUCACUGUUUUUUAUCAUAGUGACUUUUCUCAUACAGAAUUCUAAUCAGUCAUCACUAAUCAUCUGAAAACACGCCAAUUUGGCCGUCAAUGACACCGAGCAAAUGUUGGUCGAACCAGUGAAGAAUACUAUCGACGCACAAUUUAUAUUCCGUACAUGGACUCAAUGAUCCAGUCACUAGGAAGCUAGAAUCUAAUAUGCCUGCGUUCAUGUUUUAUAAACUCCAUCCGAACCACAAUUUUUUUUUCGAUCUAUCAAACUAUAAAGAUACAGUCCGAACCAUCGACGAAUGUUAUCAAAUCGAUAAUUUCGAACAAGACGCAAUGUCAUGGUACGACACGAAAAAGAAGGAAUCCAACGAUUAGAAUGAGUAAGAUUUUGUUAACUUGAAAAAAAGGGAUAUGUUCCCAGUCGUGCGCGAGGCGAUGAUCAUAUUACUAACCCUGCCAGUGUUUUUUUCACCAUUUGGGGAAUGGGGCCGGGCUGGAUUGAGUAAAUUCGUGGCUUUUUGAGUAAAAUUGGGAAAUCAGUGUGUCCAGUAUUAUAUUUACUAAGGUUGAUCUUAUAUGGAUGGGAGAUAAACAAUUAAAAAAAUAUUGAGAUCUAAUUUUUUUAUUUUUUUAAACCUUCUAUUGGGAAUGUUUAGCUCCCAUUUGGGAAAAAUCGGAACGAUCAUUUAGCACGCUGAGACGAGUCAAGACAUGGCUAAGAUCCACCAUGUCCGACGACAGGCUCUUAUGAUUAUGCAUAAUGAACGUUCGCAGGGGUCGGAUCAACACUGACAAGAAUAUGUUCAUUCAAAAAAAUCAUCGAGAAGUUCGACAGAGACCCACGUCGCCUUCACUUCCUAUUCAGGGACUGAAUAAAUGUUAAUUGAGUGACUUCUCCCCUCGAUUUCGCACGAAUGAAUCAUGUUUAUAAGAAUGUUUUGAGAGUACAUGUAUAUAAAUUGUGCAAUAACUGCCUCCAUGAUUUGUUAACAUGUAAAUGGGAGUUGAUGUUCGUGUGAAACUAGCCAGGGAUCAUUCUGACCCAAAUUGUUCAAAUCAGGAAUCAUAAUUGUACACGUUUAGAUUUUUCCAUAUUCAACUAUCUUUUUCUCUCACCGAUUUUCUAGGGGGGGGGGGGUCAGCUGACCCCAUUUGCCCCAGUGUGCGGACGCCCAUGGUUUUUGGAUAAAGUUUUGUUAUUUAAUUAUGCGAUUAGUAUCGCAUUUUAAAAAGAUCUGUUAUAAAACUGUCUUCUUUAUAUUUCACGUUUUGAUACGUGAUUAGACCAGCCAUAACCACAGGAUUUUACUGUAUAUUUCCCCGAAUGAGUUGUGUAAAUAUUGAUCCACUUUAAAGGAGUAGAGAUAGUUUCUUAGUACAUCUUACUUCGUGAACGUUACCAAACGAAACAAACAACUAAUAUUAAACCGUUUUUUAGCAUUAUUUCUACAUCUAUGAUGCAUUUUUGAGAGAAGCACAGGUAUUUCGCUAAUAUAUUUUUUAAUUCCACUGCCAAAUUAAUUUUAUGUAUACAUGUAUCACCUCUUUGUUCUCGAACCAGCUAAACGUCAUUUUUGUGAGACGUCUAUUAACACCAAAUUAUACAACUUCGUAAAUUAUUUUUAAACGUUUAGAUUCGUUAUUGGGAUGUUGUUUUGCUGAUUGUCUGUGAUAUGUUAACACAUCCUUAUAAUUAUUUUGUAUUAGUAUGUGUGCUUGGAAUACAAGUUAGUAUUGCUUUGCUACGUUCAUGACAUUGCUAGGUCAUACUACUUGACUGAAGAGCUGUGUCCAACGGUCUCCAUAAUAAAUGUGGAUAUAUGCCUAUUAACCCAUUUAUGCAUAGUGGACUCUCCCAUUCUUCGAAAUUGGAUCAUUUUGCCCCAAAAUUAGGGAUUUCUAGUAUGAUUAUUUCUAUACUUACAAUAUUUGUUAAAGAAAUUCCUUUGAGCAAACAGCGCAGCCCCUGAUGAAACGUCGCAUUAUCCGGCGUCUCAUCUGGGUCUGCGCUGUUUGUCAAGGCCGUUUUUCUAGACGCUAGGCAUAAAUGGGUUAAAUACAUGGAUGAUGUUAAUGUCGUUUUUCCUCAAGAGUAUGUUAGAAAAUUUCAUGCAUGUGCAUUUAUUAUCAUAAAUAUUAACAUAGACAGAUGCACGUGCUUCAGAUGGUUCAUACGACUACACUAAGUCCAUCAGCAUAUGAUAUGCCCCGCGUUAUGCAAAAAUGGGUCUUGUAUAUACGGCAUCGAGGCAGACUUGUCAGGAGCUAUCAUGUCCGCUAAUGAGACCGCAAAACCAUACGUGACUUAAAAGCGGGGAAGACCUAGCCCAUAACCAGAAUGUGCAAGCGAGCAGGCUGGUCGGACGCUAAGCUCGUCUGAUAUGGUUCCAUUUUCGCAUAACGUGGCUCCUUGUUUAUGAUCUUAGGUCAUGUUUUGCUUUUUAUUCGAACGUGUGAUUUAUUAUUUAUUUAAUAUCCUAACCUAGUGUUCAAUGCAUAAAUCUUCAUGGAAACUAUACAAUCAUCUAGACUAUUAUAUAUUAGAGUUACAGGGUUCUUUAUAUCCAUUAAGAUGUAAUUAUAUUAAUAAAGCUUUCUGGUA